AUGAUGGACAAGCAAUUCAUUAUGUACAGCCUAAUCCCUUGUUCGCUACAUGGCGGGGACGAUAACAUCGUUAUUCUCACCAACGCCAAAAACGAACACUGCGUUGUAGCUAUCAUGCCUGUGGUGGCGACGAAGAUGGGAUCAGCAGCAGCACUAUUCUUUCCUCCAUUUCAUCUCCUUGGCACGAGAGACUUAGAAGUCACAAGUCUAGUGGAAGAUAGGACGAUCUCUAUUUGCAGACAGACCAGUAACGUGAACGGCGUUGCGGAGGCGAUUCUGAAUCUACGAAACGGAGUCCGUUUAUUUGUUGGAAAAGUCGUGACGGGGUCUAGGAAGUAA